CUACUACUCCAUCUUCCUCGAGUGUAGACUUACGUCUCGGUGGAUAAGAUUCGCUAUACCUUCUGGAUCGGAAAAAAAUACAGUUGAUUUUAAAAAUGGAGGUGGGUUUGUCUCUAAAUGCACUUGUGAGGCUUCCAUUAUCGAACUCCUCAAGAACUCAUGAGGAUGUACUGGUUAAGCAUUCACUGUUCACUUCAAGAACAGGACAGAAAUCUCAACACAGAAAAACCUUAUUGGUUGUUAAUGCAAAAGGAAAGAGAGGAAUGCAAGCUCGUCAAUUUCAAAGGCCUCCAGCUCCGUCUUUGCCCAAGAUUGAAGACGAUGGAAACCCUAAAUUCCUUAUCUUUAUUCGAAUGGCUAAUGUUUAUCUUUGGUACCCACUUAGUCUUGUAACGGGUGGAACUACUGCCAAAAUCACGGUUGCUGCUAAAGAUAAUUUUCUUGGAAAAUAUAUUUACAAAGAUACACUUGCUAGAAAUCUUGCAGCAGUUAUUUACAGAGAUGAGAAGGAGAUACAGAAAACGGCAUUUAAACAAUAUCGUGUGCUGCGGUCAGCUACUGAAUUCAGAUACGGUUACAAACUUGUUGAAAAUGGCAAUAUGAGGGCUGCACUUUCUACCUCAGACGUUAUUGAGCUUCCAACAGAAGACCAACUCAAAACAGUAUUUGAUAAAGUGAAAGACUUCUUUGGGGGUGCAAAAGAAUCUUUUGGAAAGCUUACGGCUCUGAAUUCAGCUGAGGAAACAGAGGAAGUUUCCAAAGAAAAUACCAAAGUUAAAGGCUAAAGCUGAAGAGACCAUAUGUUCCACAAUGUUAAAAAGUUGCUUCUAUGAAAAUGAAGCUGCGAACGUGCACAUAAAGUUGAGAGUGAAGCAGCAUACAGGACAAGCUUACUUCAUGGUUUUGUUCAUAGAAUUUAUAUGACCUAUUUUUUUCAUAGACAUUGAUAUCCAAAAUAGCUUGCUGUGCACAUGUUUGAAAUAUGUAAUGUUAGUUGAAUUUAUUUGAAUCAAGAAAUUUUGUUAUCCUUUUCCUUCAA